AUGACAUUAGAUAUUUCUAAGUUCAAUCCAAGACAAAUUCCACAUACCGAAGAAAGACAAACAUUGUUAGAAGCAAACAAGAGUGUAUAUGAACUGUUCAUAGAUGAAACUGACUUUGUGUCAUUAGAUGAAAGGUCAUUGUACGAUGAAUAUAAACAAUAUUGUCAAGAAUAUGGUUAUAUGACAGCGUCUAAACGAACAUUCUUGGCAAAUGUCAAAAGUCUUUUAGAUGUUCAGAAUGGUGUAUAUACAAAGAAAAAUUUUUCUGAGUAA